UCUGGUGGUCAUGGAAGCAGCCACGUCACUCCCCAUCUACCUUUCUUUCUUUCUUCUCAAUUCCCCUCUCUUAUAUUGCAAGCAUUCUUACCAGCCAUGAAAAUGCGAGUGAAGAAGUUCAUUGCGUUUUGAAGAAGCACAGAACAAAAAAAAAUAUGAGAAGAAUCUCGAAUCUUCUCUCUAAAUCGAAACAACUCGCUGCAUUCGCAAGCCUAGAAACCAAACUUCGCGCCAAUGCGCUUCGCUCUUACUGCGAUCAAUCGCACCUUCGCCGCCAAAACCGUCCAGGGCCGCUUGUGCAGUACAGGAGUCUAGUUGAUCAAGGGAAGUUGCGGCACGAUCCUUUCCAAGAGAGUGUUGCAUCGGAGCUUGAGAAUUUGCUUGCAAGGUUGGAGCAGUACGAGAAAGAUAUGGAAGAGUAUCAUGUGAAUCUAGCUAAUUGGGAGAAGCAGCGGGAGAAUGAGCGUCGGAGGCUUCUCAUGGAGGAAGUUGAGCUGCACCAGAAGGACGAGUACUGGUGGAAGCGGUUGAACAAUAAGCUUACCGAAAGGUGGGAAUCCCGGAAAAGACCAAAAAAUAUGGAGUCAGGGGUAGGGAAAUGGGUAUCAUAUCUCAAACGAGAGAAGAAGUUGGAUUCACUAGUUGGUCACCGUCCAACUGCUCCUCCAGCUCCUAAAGGGCUUUACAUAUAUGGCAAUGUUGGCAGUGGGAAGACAAUGCUGAUGGACAUGUUUUAUAGUGCCACCAAAGGAAUUGUAAAACAUCGAAGAAGGUAUCACUUUCAUGAGGCCAUGCUUAGAAUUAAUGAACAAAUGCACAAGAUAUGGAAGAACCAAAUAGAAGAGAAGCCUUUGCAAUCGACCAUUGCUGGUUGGAUUAUGAGUCUUCCUUUUGACACGAAAGCUAAGGAGUGGUUGGCUGCUGAAGAAAGAUACAAGCAAGAGGUACAGAUGAAAAACAUUCUUCCUGCUGUUGCAGAUAUGUUUUUCCUGGAUGGAGAAGAGAAUGAAAAGGGAGCUAGCAUUUUGUGCUUUGAUGAGAUACAGACUGUUGAUGUAUUUGCUAUUGUGGCUUUAUCUGGAAUUCUAAGCAGAUUGCUGAGUAGUGGAACUAUAAUUGUGGCUACCAGUAAUCGAGCACCAAAGGACUUAAAUGAGGCUGGUAUGCAAAAGGAAAUAUUCCAGAAACUUGUCUCCAAAUUGGAAGAACAUUGUGAGAAAGUAUUGAUAGGGAGUGAAAUUGACUACCGUCGUUUUAUAGCACAAAAAUCAGAAAACCAGGUGCACUAUUUCUGGCCUAUUGAAAAGGAAGCAAUGAAUGAAUUUGAGAAAAAGUGGCAUGAUGUUACAGGCAGAUUUGGAGGAAGAAUAAUCUCAAACACCAUCUCAGUGAUGUUUGGAAGGACACUUGAGGUUCCUCAAAGCUUUGAUGGAGUUGCACGCUUCACAUUUGAGUAUCUCUGCGGUCGUCCGUUGGGUGCAGCAGAUUAUAUUGCAGUAGCUGAAAACUUUCACACGGUUUUCAUAUCUGACAUUCCAGUAAUGAGUAUGCGCAUCCGUGACAAGGCACGGAGAUUUAUCACCCUUAUUGACGAGUUAUACAAUCAUCAUUGCUGCCUGUGUUGUUUGGCAUCCUCUUCAAUUGAUGAAUUAUUUCAAGGAACUGAGGAGGGCACACUUUUUGACUUGGAAAGUUUCCAGUUUGAAACUGAGACUGAAGGUGGGAGACUUCGCCGCAAUGUCUUGGCAGAAGGUAGGGUCAGCUCAGGAGGUGCCCCUUCUGGUAUCACAUCCAUACUAUCUGGUCAAGAGGAAAUUUUUGCUUUUCAAAGAGCUGUAUCACGCCUGAUUGAAAUGCAAACGCCAUUAUACUUGGAUGGAGUCAGUAAUUUCCACCCUUAUUUUCAGAGGCAACAUAAAAAGUUACAACAAUUGUGACAGCUUAUAUUCUAAGUCAUUAACCUGAGUUUUUUUUUUUUAAUUUACUUGUAAUGAAAUUGUCAUCUGAUGCCAAAUUAACUUUAUAUACUAUUUGUGGAUAAUCGGCCAACAUUCAUGUCAAUAAUAAACACCAUAGCUUUGACGAGUGAUCAA